AUGAAGGUCCGAAUGAUGUCAGGCAUGGAGUUGACAAGUGUGUGCUUGUUGCUCAUCACAACUUUCACUGGAUUAUUCACUUUCAUUCAUUCAAAUCCAGACGGCUUCCUUAACAUCAACUGUGGCGCCAUUGCUAACGGAACAGACCAGAAGGGCCUACUCUGGAUUUCCGAUUCCCCUUUCAUUAAGACUCGCAACGUUUGGAGGACGAGUUCAACAGAAACCAUGAGAAUGAGAUUCUGGACACUGACCUAUUUUCCGAGUAUUCUAUCAGUGAAGAAAUAUUGCUACCUGUUGCCUGUGAAUCCCCGUGUAAAUUACCUAGUAAGAGCAUCUUUCGGUCCUGAUUACGAAAUUCCUUUGGCGAAUUUCUUUGAUUUGCUUAUCGAGGGAAUCAAGUGGACAAAUGUAGACCUAUCUAGUACAGGCAAUGAGAGUUACACAUCUUACGAGAUCAUCUUGGCUGCCAAAAGCGAGAGUCUGAGUUUAUGCCUUGCGCGCAAUUCUCAAACAGAACAAAAUCAUUCUGUUUUUAUUUCAAGCAUUGAGCUUCGGCCAAUCGAAUCUUCUAUGUACAAUUCAACGGAUUUUCAGAAGAGUGCCUUGGAUCUUGUAAAGCGCACAAAUUUUGGUGCAUCUUCUUUAUUACAGUACCCAGAUGAUCCAUUUGACCGCCAAUGGUUCUGUCUAGUAGCAGCUGAGGGCGAAGUGAAUAUUACCGAUGAGGAUGCGCAGACAAAAUCUUUAGGAAUGGAGUUAGUGAAUAAGCCACCCGUGAACGUAUCAAGGACUGCUAUUGGGAUGGAAGCACUAGCCAAUAUGACUGUUUCAAACGAAUUUCCGGAUGUUUCCGUCCCAGGAAUUUACUCUUUCGCACUUUAUUUCUGCAACAUCAACAAGACAAACCUCACACAGAGUUUUGCUCCCUUCAUUAACGAAAACCAAAUAUCAGAGCUCAUGAAACUUAAUUUUUUGCAGUGCCUACAAGCAAAUAAUGAGUUACAACUGAACCCUCCCGAUCCUAUAAACAUAAUUUUACGUCCCAGUCCUAAAUCAGAGUUGGGACCAUUCAUAAAUGCAGCAGAAAUGUAUAGGAAGUUGGACUUACAGACAACCACAUACUCUGGGGAUGUGGUUGCUAUUAGAAAAAUAGCAGAGGCAAUAAGUGUUCCAGACGAUUGGACAGGAGGAGAUCCAUGUUUACCAGCUGAUUAUUCAUCUACAGGGAUAACCUGCAGCCAGGACGAUCCUCCGCGAAUCAUUAUCAUAGAUCUAACAAGCAUGCAUCUCAACGGCAACAUACCAACAAAAAUAGCAGACUUAUCAGCACUAACAAAGUUGCUGCUAGGAAAUAAUAAUUUGUCAGGUGAUAUUCCGGACCUCAGUUCAUUAAAGAAUCUUACUAUACUGCAACUGCAAAACAAUCAACUGACUGGAGAAAUUCCAAGAUCAUUGGAGAAGCUUCAAAUGUUAAGUCAACUAUUUCUACAGGACAAUAAAUUGAAGGGAACCGUCUCAGAAGGAUUAGUGAGACCCGACUUGGACCUUCGUGUUGAUCCUCAAAAUAAUAUUCGGGGAGGCACUGGCGCCCGCAAAAUUAAAGGUUGGGUAAUCGGAGCUUUAGUUGGGUGUUCGGUGGUGUUAGUUUUAGUCGUUCUUUCUGCAAUUUUGCUAUGGAGGCACAAACACCCAUCGCAGCCAUUUCCAAGCAUAGAUGUUCCAACCCUAUCUAAACAACAGAUAUUUGCAGAUGAAAAAAAACAAAAUGAUUAUCACAGGCAGGCUAUAGAAUACACAGAGGAAGAUAUUAAAACUUCUACCAAUAACUAUUCCACACUUAUUGGGAAGGGAAGCUUUGGAUCCGUAUUUUAUGGCAGACUUUCAGGAUAUGAUGUUGCGGUCAAAAUACUUCAGACAGGUUCUAGUCAAGGUCAGCAAGAAUUUCAGAAUGAGGUAGCCAUACUGUCAAGAAUAUAUCAUAAGCAUCUUGUAAAUCUUAUUGGGUAUUGCAGACAGUCCAUAAUAGCAUUGGUCUAUGAAUACAUGCCGUGUGGAACACUGACUGAUCAUCUAUAUGGCGUAGCCAAAUUGAAAACUCCACUUGAUUGGCAUAUGAGAUUGAAUAUCGCUCGACAGGCCGCCGAUGGUUUGCUCUACUUGCAUCAGGGUUGCUAUCCUCCAAUCAUACACAGAGAUAUAAAGUGUAGUAAUAUACUGUUGGAUAACAGAAUGUCUGCCAAGCUAGCUGACUUUGGCAUAUCAAAACUGGUAGAGAGUUCCUUUGGUGAUAUGUCAAGCGAAGUGAAAGGAACCAUGGGUUAUCUUGAUCCUGAAUACUUUACAACAUCAUCAUUAAAUGAGAAGACCGAUGUCUACAGUUUUGGCGUGGUUUUAUUGGAGAUUAUUUCUGGAGUAUCACCCAAGGAUGGAAUAGUAAAAUCGGCACACAAUAUGCUUUCAUGUGGCAAACUGGCAGAGCUUAUGGAUCCUUCAUUGAGUGGCCGAUAUGACGUAGAAUCAGCUUGGAAAGUUGCAGAGAUAGCAUACCAGUGCGUGGAAAAGGAAUCAACGAAUAGACCCAAGGUCAGUGCGGUGGUGAAAGAAUUGGAAGAAGCUGUGAAACUUGCAUAUGCUGAUAAAAAUUAUUCAGCUUCACAUACCGUGGCCACAUUUAAUAUUGGUGGCAUGCCGAGCCUUAGGUAGUAAGAUCUUAUAAUAACUCUUUUGCCUGGUUACAGCUCAAUAGUAAUUAGUUGGGUUACUCUCCUUUAGGUCCAGUUUGUCUAAUCGCAGAAUAUUUUGUGAUAAGGAUAUAUCUUUUUUAAAAGCUUUUAAACUUGU